UUGAAGCUCAUCAUUGAUUAAGAUUCAUUCCAGUUUUAUGUGUACAUGCAUGUUGUGUUUUGUCAGUUUGUUAAGGGUGUAAAAUAAUAUUACAGUGUUUAAGUGACUUAUUAGUGGCAAAAUAAUGUGUGCAGAAUUCAAACACUCCUUAAAUAUGGAUCUGUGCUGAAAGAUAAGUGUUUUAGGCCUUGCGCACACUGGAUGCGUAUUCGUACGAAAUUCAGCCGUCCGAAUACGCACGACUACGUACGAACGAUCUCAACUGUUGAAAGACAAUGAACGCUCUCACACUGCGUACAAGUUAGUCGUGCGUAUACGUACGUGUACAUCAGACGUCCGACACGAUCCCAUCUUGUUGGGAUUUGAACGUACGACUAGGAAACAUGGAUGUUGAAAUAUUUAUUAAUAUGAUACAUGAAAGAACUUGUUUAUGGGAUCAAAGCGAUUGUAAUUAUCAUUUACGUGAUUACCAACGCACUGCAUGGAAAGAAGUGGCAGAGCAACUGAAAAUACCAGGUAAGUUAACAUUACAACAUGUACACAUAGUUAAACAGUUUCAUAUGGUGAAUACAAUAUUAGUGAGUUCUGUCGCGAGAAAAAUAUGUUUUUAAAGUGUCUCUGAUUGCAUGAGCUCGUACUGCACUUCGGUUUUCACCUAAAGUAGCGAACCUUCUGUUUGCGCCAACAAUGUUCGUGGUUACUGCUUGUUGUGUCACCUCUGUAACACCUUCUUUAUCAAUUAUAAUAUUAUGAAGCAAACACGCACACUUCACUAUAUCAUCUGCUUGGUCAGGUUUGACCUCAAUCGUUUUCAACAAUAACCGCCACUUCCCGCAUAGUAUACCAAAAGCACAUUCCACGACUUGUCUUGCUCGAGUGAGGCGUUGAUUGAAAAUCUCUUCUUCAGGGCCCAAGUUCCAUUGUGGAUAAGGACGCAUGAGGUAUGUCUUCAAAGGGUAUGCCUCAUCACCUACUAAGAAGUGAGGCAAGACUAUAUCACUAUCUGGUAACUGUUUCUCAACUGUGACAUUAAGCGCUCCGUUAUCCAAUUGCCUUGAGAGAUUGGAAUUUGAAAAAAUACCCCCAUCACUCUCCUUGCCGUAAGCCCCAACAUCUAUAGCAAUAAACUUGUAGUUCGCAUCGACAACAGCUUGCAGUACAAUGGAAAAGUACUGCUUGUAGUUACGGUACAUACUACCUGAACAUGCGGGUGCUUUAAUUCGAAUGUGUUUUCCGUCGAGACUCCCGCAACAAUUAGGAAACCGCCAUUUUGUCCAAAAAUCAUUAAUGAUAGAUGUUACAUCUCUUCCCGAUGGAAACUGCAUAUGCAUGUCGUGAAGACUGUCCCAAAGCACUUUGCAUGUCUCAUGUACAAUGUUACCAACAGUGUUGUUGGAAAUUCGGAAUGAAUAUCCAAGUGUCUUGAAUGAUGAGCCAGUUGCUAGGUACCUGAAACAAAAUUCCUCAUUUGUUUCAGUUGAAGAGCUCAAAAAGAAGUGGAGAGGAAUGAGGGAUACAUUUGGGCGAGAGCUGAAGAAAGUGACAACGACAAAGUCCGGUCAAGAAGCCAACUCAGACCAUUUAAGUAAGUGGCCAUAUUUUAAGAUGCUACUGUUCCUGAAACCCACAAUGUCUCGAAGAGAUUUAAAAGGUAACAUUCCACCAACUCUUGACGACGCAGAUAGCGAGGGCAACAGUGCAAAUACAGGUACGUUGGCAAAAUCUCCAGAUUCACCUGUGGCAAGCAAUAGCAAUAUGUCACCUUCAUCACUGACUACAGUCAAAACCCCUAACAAAUCAUUUAAACUACCAUUGAAAAAACAUAAAAAAAGGAACAGGGCAGAUGAAAUCGACGAAAAACUUUUGCAGAUUGAAGAAAAGAAACUUCAUUGUUUUCAAGAAACCUUAAACGAUUCCGAUUCACAAUUUCUAAUGAGUCUUGCACCUUAUCUAAAAGAAUUACCAAAACAUCGUAAAUUAGUUGCGCGAGCAAAGUUACAACAGGUUUUAAUUGACGAACAAAACUUGCUUUUAUCCAAAGCCAAGCCAUCUGAUUAUUCGUCCGAUUGUAGUGUGCAUGUAUCAACAGUUUCAAGUGAUCAAUCUAGUGAUUCGUUGCAGUGCAGCGUACAACAGUUUUCGCCUGCAAUGCGUAUUGACAAUCGUAGCGACGUGUCUACAUUAAUAAGUGUGGAACAAUCAAGCAUUUUGCAACAGGACGUACAAGAAGAAUAUGUGCAACAAACCGCUACACCGCAAGAGCAGUUGUCAUCAGGCGGAGUUAUGUCACUCACGGAUUUUAUUCUUCAUUAUAACCCGCAGAAAUGAAUGUUUCUUGUAUGUGCUCACAGUUGGAAAGUUACGUUUUCACGUACACAAAUAGCCAGCCGACAAAAGCCCACUCAAUUGUUGUAGUGUAUUAUUAUUAUGUAAAAUGUUGAUUAAAAUAUGUAUAAUAUAAUUAAUUAUAUAUAUACUCUUAUUCAAUCACCUCAGUGUUACCACUAAUCGUUCUUCAGGUGUUAUGGUCUUGCGAAAGUUGUUGUAUUUUGUCAAUGCAGGUCUCACUUUACUUAACAUAUAUUCAAAUGUCUCUUGUGUCAUACGUAAAUAUCCAUAGAACCGAUUAGGAUCACUUUUUAAAUCGUCCCAGAUGUGAUGAAAUUCACCUAAUUCUUCUCUUCUCAUGUGUAUUACAUAGAGCUGUAGCAAACCGUAUGUAUUUGUUACUGAGUAACGGGUGCGCCGUCUAUAUACGAGUAACGAAACGUUACACACGGCUGCAUUUCGUUACUCGCAUUCUUCGUAUGUUUCACGCAUGCGCGCGCAUAUUCGAUAAAUUUACGUUACAAAGAACGAUGUGUCUUUAUUAAGUAAAGUAUAAUAAUUUGGAAAUUCGUCGUCCAAGAUUUUUACUCUUUAUUAAAGGUAUUGUGUGUGUAGACAAAGUUUGAGAUUGGAACAGAAACAACG